AUGCGGUUGGAUAAUACUAAGGUUAAAAGAUGGAAGGAUUUAGUUGAUGCCUUUAUGAGGCAAUAUAAGUUCAAUAUAGACGUGGACCCUAAUCGGUUAAGCUUGCAAGCUAUGGAGAAAGACAACAAGGAGUCCAUAAGGGAAUACGCCCGAAGAUGGAGGGAGGUGGCUGUACAAGUUAACCCUCUUAUGUUGGAAAAAGAGAUGAUUAGUUUAUUUUCCAACAACUUUAAAGCUCUGUACUUUGAAUACUUGGUUAGAAGCUUUGCACAACAUUUCACUGACCUGGUUGUUAUAGCUGAGAGGAUUAAACAAGCCAUUGGGUUUGGUAAGAUUGCUAACCUGAGUGAGAAGAACAGUUUCACUGAAGGUGGUUGCCAAGACACUUAUCAUUCCUAUAGUUAA